AUGGACGCACACACACUCAAUGCAUGGACCCGCUUCGCCCUCCAGAAGGGCGGCAUCGGCUCAUGCACAGCCCUCAUCGACAAUCCUGCCACAGAGCCAGAGGAUCUCAUGUUCAUGUCCGGCGAAAAGAUCAUCGUCCUCCGCAGACUAGACGACGACGCUUCCGACGCCAACGGUCGUCCCAUCAGCAGCGCAAGCUCUUCCAACCCAAAAAGACGCAGCGACGUCCUCCCCGACUCCGAAGCAUGGUUCCUUGGUUACUGCGAAGGCGUCGUAGGCCGCUUCAAGGGAACACACGUCCAGUUCCACGCACGUCUCAAGAAGCCCGUUCUCAUGCGCCGCAGCGCCGCAGGAAGCAUCCGCGAUUCCAGCAUGCGUCCCAUGUCCAAGAGCGAAGCCGCAAAGAUGCAUCUCUCCCAAGUGCCUGCAGGCAUCCCCUUUGCAGCCGUCAACUCGGACGACGAGGAAGACGCCGCCCUCGCAUCGCCGGUCGACCGCCGAGGUGCCCAGCAGCCGCCUUCCUUUGCCGCUUCGGCGGCAAGCCAUGCAGCUUCAUCAACCCACGCACCCACCUCGGCGGCUGUCGCCCGCCCCUCUGCAUCCGCCGUGCCCCCACUCAAGCAAGGCCGCUUCGGCCUCACCACUCCGCCACUCUCGGACGAGGGCCACCUUCGCAAGCAGUCUGCACGUCGCAGACCUGUCCACGGCAACAAUGACGACGAUUCGGACGAUUCCACAUCGCUCCUCCCUUGGGCCAGGCACAGCCGCGAAAGUAGCGCCGCUUCCCUCUCCAGCCCCGCCGCCGCCGGACGAUCUGCAGCGCUGCCUCCCACCCGCAACGGCUCGCUCGCAGGCCCUGGCCCACGCGCACCGGCACGCACUUCAUCUGCUUUCGCCCACGACUAUGACCACGCCCAUCCCAACGGCCACGGCCUGCCCACCAUCCACCACCUCCCGCCCUCGCCCAUCUCGUCCAGCGAGUCGCCCGUGCACGCCCAAGCCAACUCCACCCUUCCUUCCAUCACCACCACCGCCACCUCCUCCUCCUCCCGGUCCGACUCGCUCUCUGGCAACACCACCGCCACCACGAUUGCCGCCACAAAUCCCACCGCCACGGCCAGCUCGGCAGCCGACCUGGCCUCGCGCACCUCAUGCACCUCCUCCAACUCCACCACCUCCACCAACGACGACUCGGACGACGAUAACGCCGUCGACAACCGCCGCAGGGACUACACCUUUUCCAUCUACGACGUCUACGGCCGCGACUCGGUCGCCUUCCCCAACUUUGACUUCCGUCAGUACGGCAGCAAGUCGUCGCUCGCCAAGCUCGCCGCUUCCAAGUCCACCGAGUCGCUCAACGUGCCCAGCCAGCGCUCCUCGAGCGCGACCGACUCGCCUCAGCAGAAGCCCCACCCGCUUUCGUCCGCGCAACACCCAGGGUCCAUGCACCACCCUGCCGCCACGCCCCAAGCCACCGCCGGUCCUCGCCGUCCAGCACAGCUAGUCGUGCCACCCGGCGUAGAUGCUUCCAUCCCCUUGGCGUUGCGCUCGCCAUCCGGUCGUCGUCCAAGUGCGGCUCCCGAUCCGAGAUCCGCCGGUGUGGACGGUGGACGUGCUCCGCUCGACAUGGCUUCCAGCCUGCGUCGACAGGUAGAGACCCCGCCAGUGUCCAGCGCAUACUCUUCCUCACCGCUCGACGCCGCGGGCUCCAGUAUAGACUCGACAGUCUCAUCAGGCAUGCGAGGGCCGGGCGCAUUCGAUCCGCGCCGACGUCCUUCAUUGGCGCACACUGCUGGAGUGCCUGGUGCGCCUGCGCGCAUGCACCCGAGCACGCUUCCGCCCAUCCACACGGGCGCCUCCAAUGCUUCCACAACGCGAUCAGGCUCGGGCUCGUCUCCACCCGUCUCGGCCGGCACAGCGACGACCAACAGCCAAGACCCUGGCUUCUCGCACCGUCCCGGUUUCGCCGAGGCGCGAGAGCGUCGUCGAUCCGCGUCGGUGGGGACGCUCAACAAGGUUGAAAGCCUUGCGCUUACCGACGCAGGCGCAGCCGAUGCGCAUCCGCCCAUCCCUACGCCUCCGCACCUCACCGGACUCGCCUCGGCGGGUGCGACGCGACCCAGCUUCCGCACCUCGGCCAGCUCUGCGCGCUCGCGCAACGGCCAGUCCACUUCGCCCGGGCUCGGCCCCGUGCGCGCUUCGUCGGAUCGUCUGUCGGAGCGCGAGCGUGCGCAUUCGGGACACGGAUCGGGCCUGCUGCGCAAGAAUCCGUCCAAUCCCACUCCCGGCCUCCAUGGUGGCAGCGGUCUCCACGCACUCUCUCCCAUGGCCAGGAGCACCAGUCCCAUGAGCCAGCUCAGCGCACCUUCACCUACGAACGACAUGGCUCGACGUGGAAGCGCCGCUAGUACCGGUGCGCAUUCGUUGGGCGCACACUCAAUGGGUCCGCGCAGCCCGGCGCCGCGAAGUCCGCUCGGCAUGCCCAUGCCUCCCUUCUCGGCCUCGGCGCCUGGCACGCCAGGACGAGAAGGUGCGCCCAUGGGGCCCGACGGCAUGUUCGCCUUCCCCGCUUCGCCCGGCUCGGCUGCCAGUCCCGGCGGCAUGGGUCAAGGCUUUGACGCGAUGGGCUUUGUGAUCGAGCCGGGUGUUGCACCCUGCCUGCCACCCACCGACGAUCCGGAGCUCCGCGAAAAGUGGAUGGCGGUGCUCAACGAGAACGACGUCGCCUCGGCCAAGAAGAGCCGCAAGGUCAAGAAGCUGGUGCGCACGGGCGUGCCUGCUUCGAUCCGCCGCGAAGUCUGGCUCUUCCUCGCCAACGCAUCCGUGCGACGCCGACCGGGCCUGUUUGAGCAGCUCUGCAAGACGUCGCAGGGAACCAAGGGCAAGCGCGGCAAGGAAGAGGCCUACGAGACCAUCGAGAAGGACCUGCAUCGCACGCUGCCCGAUCACCGCCUCUUCAUGGGCGAAAAGGCGACCGGACGGGCCGACCUCGAGGGCAUCCUCAAGUCGUACGUGCACUUCAACCCGAUGCUCGGCUACACGCAGGGGAUGGGUCUGCUGGCCGCCUUUUCGCUCAUCCACAUGCCGGCCGAGGAUGCCUUUUGGCUGCUGUGUGCGGUCCUGCGCAAUCCGCAGAUGGAGGAGUACUACUCGGCAGGCAUGAAGCAGUUGCAUGUGGACAGCGUGGUGUUCAGCAAUUUGCUGCACAGCAUGGACGCCGAGCUGCACGCGCGCUUCGAAGAGGUGGGGCUGGUCUCGAUGAUGUUUACGCCCAACUGGUUCCUGCCGCUGUUCACGCGCGUGCUGCCGUGGACGACGGUGGUGCGCGUGUGGGACGUGUUCUUCUUCGAGGGUCCGACGUGGAUGCUGCGUGUGGCGCUGGCGAUCGUGCGCAUCUUGCGCGAGCAGCUCAUGAACCGUGCCAUGUGCCCGACGGCAGGCGAGAUGCUCCAGCUGCUCCUCCAUCCGCCGCCGCACAACCUCACGGUGGACAAUGUGCUCAACUGCGCGUUCAGCGUGAAGCUCAAGGACGGCGAGAUGCGCAAGCUCAGCCGCUCGGCGUCCAAGCAGGUGCGCGAGAAGAAUGCGCCCGGCGACGCACGCGGCCGAGCCUCGCUCCGACGACCCGGCGCCAAGGCGGACCGCAGCACCAGCGCGCCCGCACGACGAUAG